UCCAUUUUCGCGGCCAUAAGGUGAGGGGAGGAGGAGGAGGAGGCACUGGUUCUCCUCUGCUUUCAUCAGUUCGUUGAGCCGAAGAUGAUGAUUGGGGUGCAUGGGGUGCACGUGAUGAUGAACCCUCCAUCAGCCGAUGCCCACAACCGGUGGAGUCUCCUCCGCCGCCGCAGCCUUCACUCCCAGGCAAGUACACCCCUCCGCAGGAGCAGGGCCACGCCGGCGAGGGACCGGGUGAUAGACUUCGGGAGGCACAAGGGCAGGAUGCUGGGGACGCUCCCCUCCGGCUACCUCAGGUGGGUCUCCGGCAACCUCCGGGCCCGCGACACGGAGGAGUGGGCCCGGCUGGCCGACCAGGUGUUGCAGGACCCCGUCUACCGGGACCGGAUGGAGUGGGAAUCGGCGGAGAGGGUGUUGAGUGGUGGGGGUUGGGGUGCGGGUGGAGGGUCGGGGAGCGCGGUGUCCGAGCUGCUGGAGAUAAGCGAGAGGUUCGGGUGGGACAACGAGGAUAAGGCCGGGUGGGGUCGGGUGGAUUUCGAGCUUCUGGGCACUUCCAAGGGCGGCAGGAUCCCCAGGAAAUCGGAUGACCAGAAGGGGAAGGGGAAGGGGAAGGUGAAGGAGGAGUGCUCUGAAUCUGAACCGCCAUCUCAAGGAGAGGAGAGGAGGAGGGAGAGGAGACACAGGCUGAGGUUGAAGAGAGAAACGGGUGAAGGUCAAAACCGAGUGAUUGUCGGUGGGAGCCGGAGGGAAGUUAGAAAUGGAGGAGCGGCAGCUGCGGUGGCGGCAGCGGCACCGUCGGUGCCGGUAUACAACCCAUUUCCAGGGCGAGAAUCGCUGCUGAGGAAGGUGCUCCACGGCAAGACCCCCUUGUAGCUGCUAUUAUCCAUAACUCCAUCAAAUCUCUUCUAGCUUUUCUAGUCUUUUUGCAACUAAUUAUUGAACGGCACAUGUUGCCUGAGAGAUGUGAAGAGGAUCUUUAUCAAUUUUAAUUCAUAAAGAGAUCGGUUGGUAGUAA